AUCUACUGCUCGAUACAAGAAUGCCUGGGUUAAGCUUUGACAACUUCCAAAGAAAUCAGGUUUUGGCUGCCAACGGGCACCUGCAACCCAAAGCCACCUCCACCGGUACCACGAUUGUGGGAUGUAAAUUCAAAGGUGGUGUAAUCAUCGCGGCUGAUACCAGAGCCACCACCGGUAGCAUUGUUGCCGAUAAGAACUGUGAGAAACUUCACAGAUUGGCACCAAAGAUCUGGUGUGCUGGGGCCGGUACCGCUGCAGACACCGAGAUGGUGACCCAAUUGAUCUCAUCGAAUUUGGAAUUACAUGGAUUGGCUCAGAAUAGGCCUCCACGAGUCAUAACCGCGUUGACCAUGUUGAAACAGCACUUGUUCAAGUACCAAGGCCACUUGGGUGCAUAUCUUAUCGUCGCUGGUACCGACGCCACCGGUGCACACUUGUUGUCUGUGCAGGCACAUGGCUCAACCGAUAUUGGAGAGUACCAAUCAUUGGGAUCGGGUUCUUUGGCAGCCAUGGCGAUUUUGGAAACUAACUGGAAGCCUGAUAUGUCGAGAGAAGAGGCCAUGAAAUUGUGUUCAGACGCCAUUGAGUCGGGUAUCUGGAAUGAUUUGGGUUCCGGUUCCAACGUCGAUUUGUGUGUGAUGGAAGUGGGUAAAGACGCUCAAUUGUACAGAAACUACUUGACACCUAACGUCAGGUCUCAAAAGAAUAAAUCGUACAAGUUUGCUAGAGGCACUACGGGAGUUUUGAACAAAAGCGUCCGUGAAAUCUUAGAUGUGGAAGAAACUGUAAUCAGUUUCGGCUCAGGUCCGGAUGCCAUGGAAGUUGAUGCCUAGUAAUGAUAAUCUACAAACAUAUAUAUAUCAAUAUAACACGACCACAAUU